AUGCCCUCCCGCGAAACCAACUCCUCCCCCAACACCAACAACCCAUCACAAACCUCCCCUAAAAACCACAACACCCCAUAUCAAACCGACUGGGUAACAAUGACCGAAACAACAACAUCAGAAGAAGGAGAUAUCAAAUGUACCCCCGUAUCAAAAGAAACAACCCCUACUUCUUCACCAGCAAGAAAUGUCUCGGCAGAUACUGUUACCUCUCAUGAGAUCCCAACACCCAACAGCGAAGCCUCAUAUGAAGCCUCAAAUGAAGCCUCGCGCCACAUUGGGCCAGAGGCAGAGACAGGGACAGGGUUCUCUCGCUACACACCGGACGCUGUGGAAAAGCCACCACGUUUCUUGGAGAGAAAUGAAUGCGGCUAUGAUAUCGAUAUUGAUAGCGACUUCGAUAUAAACAUGGAUAUAGAAAACAACCCAGACGACGACGACGAUGAUGAUGAUGAUGAUGAUGAUGAUGAUGAAUCUCAUUACACAUACACACACAAACCCAACUCAUCCCUAUCUCACCUGUCUCAUCCAUCUCACUCUUCUCCACUCUCCCACAUACCCCGCACCCCUUAUUCCCUCCACACCCCCGACCUCGUCUCGUUUUCUCCCGCCCUAGAAAAUUGCGAUGAGCACUUCAACAACUAUUUCAAAUACAUCAAGUUCUUCGAGAAUGAUCUCACUAUACCCCGGGAACCCGAAAAAUCCAAACCCGACCCCCAAUCUCGUGAUACUUCAAAUUCCGAUGCUUCCAUAAACGUCGAACAUUCAGAGACAAUGCAUAAAAAACAGCAACAAAAACAGAACUCCAUUCCUGAAAAUGGAGGAAGCAAAACGACAGAUUCUCGUACACGCAUUCAUAUGGAUGAGUCUUCCCAGCAGACUUCUUCUAUUCUUCACAUCUCGGGUUUAGAUGAGGAUUACGAACGAGAUCCCCACCUUGAUUUAUAUGCCGAGACGGACUUUGAUACUUCUUCUGUAUCUUCAUCAGCGUCGUCAGAAGAUAAAGUGGAUGGAUGUUAG